CUCUGCCACAUCCUCUGUCGCUGUGACCAGCACUUGUUGCAGUAGCCACAGGGUGGACAACAGGGAAACCCCCGAAGUCGAGAAAUGGACUCAGUGGCCUUUGAGGAUGUGGCUGUAAACUUCACCCUGGAAGAGUGGGCUCUGCUGGAUCCUUCGCAGAAGAAACUCUACAGAGAUGUGAUGAGGGAAACCUUCAGGAACCUGGCCUCCAUAGGAAGAAAAUGUGAAGACCAAAACAUUGAAGAUCAGUACAAAAACCAGGGAAGAAAUCUAAGACAUCCUAUGGUAGAGAGACUCUGUGGACGUAAAGAAAGUAGUCAAUGUGGAGAAAACUUCAGCCAUAUUUCAAAUCUUAAUCUGAACAAGAAAACUUCUACUAAAGUAAAACCAUGGGAGUGCAGUGUGUGUGGAAAAGUCUUCAUGAGUCGUUCAUCCCUUAAUAGGCACAUGAGAUCUCACACUGCACCCAAACCAUACAAGUAUCAGGAGUAUGGAAAGAAACCUUAUAAAUGUAAGAUAUGUGGGAAAGCCUUCAGUUAUCUCCAACCUUUUCAAAAACAUGAAAGAAAUCACAGUGUACAGAAAUCCUAUAAAUGUAAGGAAUGUGGAAAAUCCUUUAGAUAUCGCCAAUCUGUUCGCAAACAUGAACGGACUCACACUGGAGAGAAACCCUAUCAAUGUAAACAAUGUGGGAAAGCCUUUAGAUAUCAUCAAACUUUCCAAACACAUGAAAGAACUCACACAGGAGAGAAACCCUAUGAAUGUAAGCAGUGUGGUAAAGCCCUCAGUUGUCCCAGUUCCUAUCGAAGUCAUGAAAGAACUCAUACUGGAGAAAAACCCUAUGAGUGUAAAAAGUGUAGUAAAGCUUUCAGUUGUCCAAGUUCUCUUCGAAAACAUGAAAGAACUCACACUGGAGAGAAACCCUAUGACUGUAAGGAAUGUGGGAAAGCCUUUAUUUCUCUCGGAAGCUUUCAAAGACACAUGAUAACACAUACUGGAGAUGGACCUUAUAAAUGUAAGGAAUGUGGGAAAGCAUUCAAUUGUCCCAGUUCAUAUAGAAUACAUGAAAGAUCUCACACUGGAGAAAAACCCUAUGAAUGUAAACAAUGUGGUAGAGCCUUCAGUUGUUCCAGUUCCUUUCGAACACAUGAAAGAACACACACUGGAGAGAAACCCUACCAAUGUAAAGAGUGUGGAAAAGCUUUCCAUUGGCUCACAACUUUUCAAGUUCAUGUGAGAACUCACACUGGAGAAAAGCCCUAUAUCUGUAAGCUAUGUGGUAAAGCCCUCAGUUGUCCUACUUCCUUUAGAAGACAUGAAAGGACUCACAGUGCAGAGAAACCCUAUGAAUGUAAACAGUGUAGGAAAACCUUCAGUUCUGCUCUAGGUUUGCAAAUACAUGAAAGAACUCACACUGGAGAGAAACCCUAUAAAUGUGAGGAAUGUGGGAAAGCAUUUGUAUCUCUCACAAGCUUUCGAAGACACAUGAUGACGCACACUGGAGAUGGACCUUAUAAGUGUAAGGAAUGCGGGAAAGCAUUCAACUGUCCCAGUUCAUUUAGAAUACAUGAAAGAACUCACACUGGAGAGAAACCCUAUGAAUGUAAAAUAUGUGGUAAAGCCUUCAGUUGUUCUAGUUAUGUUCAAGUACAUGAGAGAACUCACACUGGAGAGAAACCCUAUGAAUGUAAGGAAUGUGGGAAAGCCUUCAUUUAUCGCACAACCUUUCGAGGUCACAUGAGAGUGCACACUGGAGAGAAACCAUAUAAAUGUGAAGAAUGUGGGAAAGCCUUUAGUCGACCUAGUUCAUUUAGAAGCCAUGAAAGAAUUCAUACUGGAGAGAAACUUCUUCAGUGUAAGCAUUGUGGGAAAGCCUUCAAUUGGCCCACAUCCUUACAUAAACAUGUCAUGAGAAUGCACACUGGAUAAAUUGUAACUGAUAAAUACAGGAAAGUUUUCACUCUUUAUAAAUACACUCAAAGUUAUUGAAAACUCUACUGGAGAGAAAUGGCUAUAAAUGUAAGUGAUAUAGGAAGGCCUGAUACAAAUUAAUUCACAUGUAAUAGUC